AUGGGCCCUUCAUGGAGUGCGCAGCCGGCGGGGGCGCGCGCAGACGGGGGCGCUGGCCAAUGGCCGGGCCGCGGGCGCCGGCAGCCAAUCAGCGCGCGCGCCGCGCGGGGGCCCCGCGGUUAUCAGCGCGCCCGGCCCGCCGGCGCCGCUCCGACCGGCCCCGGAGCCGCCGCCGCCGCCGCGCGCAGCUCCCCCGCCGCCGCCCAGCCCGCGCCGGGGCCGCCGCCCGCCCUCGCGCCCGCCCUCCGCGCCGUCGGCGCCCGCGCCCCGCGCCCCCGCUGCAGCCGGCGCCCGCCCGGGCCGCGCGCAAACUUCCCGGGCCGGCGGGCGCGGGCGGCGGCGGCGGCGGGGCCCGGAUGGGCUCCCGGGCCGGCGGCGGCGGCGCCCAUGGACGCUAACCGCCCGGGCGCGUUCGUGCUGAGCAGCGCGCCGCUGGCCGCGCUGCACAACAUGGCCGAGAUGAAGACGUCGCUGUUCCCGUACGCGCUGCAGGGCCCGGCCGGCUUCAAGGCGCCCGCGCUGGGCGGCCUGGGCGCGCAGCUGCCGCUCGGCACCCCGCACGGCAUCAGCGACAUCCUGGGGCGGCCCGUGGGCGCGGCGGGAGGCGGCCUCCUGGGCGGCCUGCCCCGUCUCCACGGGCUCGCCUCGUCGGCCGGCGUCUACUUCGGGCCCGCGGCCGCCGUGGCGCGCGGCUACCCCAAGCCGCUGGCCGAGCUGCCCGGGCGCCCGCCCAUCUUCUGGCCCGGCGUGGUGCAGGGCUCGCCCUGGAGGGACCCGCGCCUGGCCGGCCCGGCCCAGGCCAGCGGGGCCCUGGACAAGGACGGCAAGAAGAAGCACUCGCGGCCGACCUUCUCCGGCCAGCAGAUCUUCGCGCUGGAGAAGACCUUCGAGCAGACCAAGUACCUGGCGGGGCCGGAGCGCGCGCGCCUGGCCUACUCGCUGGGCAUGACCGAGAGCCAAGUCAAGGUGUGGUUCCAGAACCGCCGGACCAAGUGGCGUAAGCGGCACGCGGCGGAGAUGGCGUCGGCCAAGAAGAAGCAGGACUCGGACGCUGAGAAGCUGAAGGUGGGCGGCUCGGACGCGGAGGACGACGACGAGUACAACCGGCCCCUGGACCCCAACUCCGACGACGAGAAGAUCACGCGGCUGCUGAAGAAGCACAAGCCCUCGAGCUUGGCGCUGGUCAGCCCGUGCGGCGGCGGCGGCGCGGGGGACGCCUCGUGAGGGCGCGGCGGCGGGGCCGGGCACCCCGGGAACGCGCCGCGCCCGCCGCCCGCGCGCCUCUAGGUGUCUUUACAGAGUGAGUCCUCCAGCGGCCCGGCGCGGGCUCGGCGAGGGGGGCCCCGGCCGCGCCCGCCCGCCUGCUCCGCCGCUCGGCGCGGGGUCUGCGCCGCCGCUGCCGGGCGCGUCCGGGGCGGAACUGCUUUGUGUCGUCAAUAAAUUAUUUAACACGUCCCCGUCGGAGCCGUGGCUCCCGAGGCUGCACCGCGUGUUUCUUCCUUGUCGAGAACCGCGGGCGCGGCGCGGCGGCGCGGCCCUCUGCCUCUGCCGGGCCCGCCGUCCCUGUCCCCGGUCCGGCCUGCGGCCCCGCGGGGCCCGCGCCUCGCGCCGGAGCGGCGCCCGGGUCUGGCGCGGGUCCGGCCCGGCAUCGGCGCGAUGGAGCCCUGGUGGCCUGGCGCCCCGGGCCGCGCCCGGCCGGCAGCAGCUCGCAGGACGGAGGGCACCGAGAGGUCCGGCGCGGGGAAGGCGGCCCGGCACCGAGAAGCUUCGGGUCGCCGGCCCGGGGCUGAGAGCCGAGAGGAGCCAAGACUCCGCGAGCUGGAGCGGAGCCGGCGGCGCGGGGACGGAGCGGGGCGCAGGCAACUUCGGCGCGCGCGGCAGGCAGCAGGGACUGGAGGGGCGUUUCCAAAGGCCUCCAGAAGGACCAGAGCUGAAACGCCGCUACACAGAACCGCCGCG